GCGCCGCCGCUCGCCGCCACUCCUCAGCACGUAUCGCGACCUGCUCACUACAGAUUAUCUACUUUCCUGCGAUAAUAAUUGUGUUGAAAAGUAUUGAUUAUCUAUUUCGACCGGCACUGUGUCCCUGAACUGAGCGAUAUAAAGAAAAUUCGAUCAGCUGAUAAACGUAGUUGAGUAGACGCAUCCACCAUGGAGCAGAUACCGCCACCCAAGGAGGUGAAGAUCCUCGAGACAGCCGAGGAUAUUCAGGAGCGUCGUGAGGAGGUGUUGAACCGCUAUGAAGAGUUCAAGCAGGAGGCUCGCGCCAAGCGUGAGAAGCUCGAGGACUCGCGCCGCUUCCAGUACUUCAAGCGCGACGCUGAUGAGCUCGAGUCCUGGAUCCAGGAGAAGCUGCAGGCCGCCAGCGAUGAGAGCUACAAAGAUCCCACCAACUUGCAGGCCAAGAUCCAAAAACACCAAGCCUUCGAAGCGGAAGUGGCGGCGCACUCCAACGCCAUCGUAGUCCUGGACAACACCGGCAGCGAGAUGAUCUCCGCGGGACACUUCGCGUCGGAGACCAUCCGCCGCCGGCUGGAGGAGCUGCACCGACUGUGGGAGCUGCUGCUGUCGCGGCUCGCCGAGAAGGGCAUGAAGCUGCAGCAGGCGCUCGUGCUGGUGCAGUUCUUGCGUCACUGCGAUGAAGUUAUGUUCUGGAUUCAUGAUAAGGAAACGUUCGUGUGCGCGGACGAGUUCGGCUCGGACCUGGAGCACGUGGAAGUGCUGCAGCGCAAGUUCGACGAGUUCCAGAAGGACAUGGCCGCGCAGGAGUACCGCGUCACCGAGGUCAACCAGCUCGCCGAGCGGCUCGUGCUCGAGGGACAUCCAGAGCGCGAGACAAUCGUCAAGAGGAAGGAUGAGCUGAACGAGGCGUGGCAGCGUCUCCGUCAGAUGGCGCUGAUGCGUCAGGAGCGUCUGUUCGGCGCGCACGAGAUCCAGCGGUUCAACCGCGACGCGGACGAGACCAUCGCCUGGAUCUCCGAGAAGGACGUCGUGCUCGGCUCCGACGACUACGGACGCGACCUCGCCACCGUACAGACCCUGCAGCGCAAGCACGAGGGUGUGGAGCGUGACCUGGCGGCGCUGGAGGACAAGGUGUCGACCCUGGACGGCGAGGCGGCGCGCCUGGCCGCCAUCCACGCCGAUCACGCGCCCGCCAUACAUGCCAAGCGCGACGAGAUCACCAACGCCUGGCAGAAGCUCGUGCACAAGGCCAAGGAGCGCCGUUCGGAACUAGAGAACUCCAGCGCACUGCACCGGUUCCUGGCCGACUACCGCGACCUGGUGUCGUGGAUGAGCGACAUCCGCGCGCUCAUCGCAGCCGACGACCUCGCCAAGGACGUGCCCGGGGCUGAGGCGCUGCUCGAGAGACACCAAGAGCAUAAGGGCGAGAUGGACGCGCGUUCGGACGUGAUCCGGUCGUGCGCGGCGGCGGGGCAGGCGCUGGUGGCGAGCGGCCACCGCGCCUCCGCCGAGGUGUCGGCCGCGCUCGACGCGCUGCAGCGCGACACCGACGCGCUGCACCAGCUCUGGGACCAGCGCCGCGUGCUCUACCUGCAGUGCAUGGACCUGCAGCUCUUCUACCGCGACACCGAGCAGGCCGACGCAUGGAUGCACAAGCAGGAGGCUUUCCUCGCCAACGAGGAUGUGGGCGACUCUCUCGACUCCGUAGAGGCGUUGUUGAAGAAACACGAAGACUUCGAGAAGUCGCUCGCCGCGCAAGAAGAGAAGAUCAAGGCGCUAGACGAGUUCGCCACUAAGCUCAUCGAGGGACAGCACUACGCCGCCGACGAUGUCGCGCAGAGACGUGAAAUGUUACUGGAACGCCGCGCUGCCCUGCUCGAGAAAUCCAACCAACGCCGCGCUCUCCUUGAAGACGCCUACAAGUACCAACAAUACGAACGUGACUGCGACGAGACCAAGGGCUGGAUAAACGAGAAACUGAAGUUCGCGACGGACGACUCGUAUUUGGAUCCGACCAACCUGAACGGCAAGGUGCAAAAACACCAGAACUUCGAGCAGGAGCUGCAGGCGAACAAGCCGCGCGUGGACGAGAUCACCACCGUCGGUAACAGGCUGCUGCAGGCCGAACACUUCGCUAAACCGCAAAUCGACGCACGCCUGACCGAGCUGGCCGGUCUAUGGGAGAAGCUCGUGUUAGCCUCGGAGCUGAAGGGCAGCAACCUUCAGGAGGCUGCUCAGCAGCAGCAAUUCAACCGCGCCGUUGAGGAUAUCGAGUUGUGGCUCUCCGAAGUCGAGGGUCAGCUGCUCAGCGAGGAUUAUGGCAAGGACCUGACGAGCGUGCAGAACCUGCAGAAGAAGCACGCGCUGCUGGAGGCGGACGUGAGCUCGCACGCCGAGCGCAUCGACGCCAUCCGCACGCAGGCCGAGCAGUUCAUCGAGCGCGACCACUUCGACGCAGACAACAUCAAGGCCAAGCGGGAUGCUCUGGUGGCCCGAUACGCCGCGCUGGACAAACCGAUGGCGAUCCGCAAGCGACGCUUGCUGGAUUCACUGCAGGCGCAGCAGCUGUUCCGCGAUCUGGACGACGAAGCCGCCUGGAUCCGCGAGAAAGAGCCUAUCAUCGCCUCCACCAAUAGAGGCCGUGACCUGAUCGGCGUGCAGAACCUGAUGAAGAAGCACCAGGCGGUGAUGGGUGAGAUGGCGCAGCACGAGGCGCGCGUGGAGGCGGUGCGUGCGGCCGGCGCCGCGCUGCGGGACGCCGGACACUUCGCCGCCGACGACAUCGCCACGCGCCUGCAGCAACUGCACAACCAGUGGACGCAGCUGCAGGAGAAGGCGCUGCAGCGCAAACAAGACCUGGAAGACUCGCUGCAAGCUCAGCAAUACUUCGCGGACGCCAACGAGGCCGAAUCAUGGAUGCGCGAGAAGGAACCCAUGGCGAACACACAAGACUACGGCAAGGACGAGGACUCCUCCGAAGCUCUGCUCAAGAAGCACGAGGCGCUGCUGUCUGAUCUGGAGGCGUUCGGAAACACCAUCAAGUCGCUCAGGGAGCAGGCUAACGCUUGCAGGCAACAAGAAUCUCCAGUGGUGGACGUGUCAGGCAAGGAGUGCGUGGUCGCUCUGUACGACUACGCUGAGAAGUCGCCGCGCGAGGUGUCUAUGAAGAGAGGUGACGUCCUCACUCUCCUCAACUCUAACAACAAGGACUGGUGGAAGGUGGAGGUGAACGACCGCCAAGGCUUCGUGCCGGCCGCCUACGUGAAGAAAAUCGACGCUGGACUUUCCUCCUCGCAGCAGAACCUCGCCGACUCCAGCUCCAUCGCCGCCAGGCAGAACCAGAUCGAGGCGCAAUAUGACAACCUGCUGGGUCUCGCGCGCGAGCGUCAGAACAAGCUCAAUGAGACGGUCAAGGCGUACGUGCUCGUGCGCGAGGCUGCGGAGCUCGCCACGUGGAUCAAGGACAAGGAGAUGCACGCUCAGGUGCAGGACGUGGGCGAGGACCUGGAACAGGUGGAGGUGAUGCAGAAGAAGUUCGACGACUUCCAGAACGACCUGCGCGCCAACGAGGUGCGCCUCGCCGAGAUGAACGAGAUCGCCGUGCAGCUCAUGACCGUCGGACAGACGGAAGCCGCGCUCAAGAUCAAGACGCAGAUGCAGGAGUUGAACUCGAAAUGGACAUCCCUGCAGCAACUAACAGCGGAGCGCGCCGCGCAGCUCGGCUCCGCGCACGAGGUGCAGCGCUUCCACCGCGACGUCGACGAGACCAAGGACUGGAUCGCGGAGAAGGAGGCCGCGCUCGCCACCGACGACCUCGGCAAGGACCUGCGCUCCGUGCAGACGCUGCAGCGUAAGCACGAAGGCCUGGAGCGCGAUCUAGCCGCACUAGGCGACAAGAUCCGGCAGCUGGACGACACCGCCAACCGCCUCAUGUCGACGCACGGCGACUCCGCCGACGCCACCUACAGCAAGCAACGCGAGAUCAACGAGGCCUGGCAACAACUGCAGGCGCGAGCCAACGCGCGCAAGGAGAAACUACUCGACUCCUACGACUUGCAGAGAUUCUUAUCCGACUACCGCGACCUGAUGGCGUGGAUCAACUCCAUGAUGGCGCUGGUGAGUUCGGAGGAGCUCGCCAACGACGUCACCGGCGCCGAAGCGCUGCUCGAGAGGCACCAGACCCAGCGUUUGGAGAUAGACGCGCGUUACGGCAUAAUGCCGCAGGAACACCGCACGGAAAUGGACGCGCGCGCCGGCACGUUCCAGGCGCUGGAGCUAUUUGGCCAACAGCUGCUGCAGGGCGGACACUACGCCAGCGUCGACAUUCAGGAGAAGCUCAACAACAUGGGCGACGCACGGCAGGAAUUGGAGAAGGCGUGGGUGAGCCGUCGCAUGAAGCUGGACCAGAACCUGGAGCUGCAGCUGUUCUACCGCGACUGCGAGCAGGCGGAGGGGUGGAUGGCGGCGCGCGAGGCGUUCCUGGCGCCGGCCGACCCCGCCGACGCGCACGCGCAUGCGCAGAGCGCCGUGGACUCGCCCGACCACGCGCAGCCCGACAACGUCGAGCAGCUCAUCAAGAAGCACGAGGACUUCGACAAGGCCAUCAACGCGCAUGAGGAGAAGAUCGCACAACUGCAGACCUUGGCCGACCAGCUGAUCGCUUCGGACCACUACGCGACCGACGCGAUCGACGACAAGCGCAAGCAGGUGCUCGACCGCUGGCGCCAUCUCAAGGAGGCGCUCAUCGAGAAACGGUCCAGACUGGGCGAUGAGCAGACCCUGCAACAGUUCUCUCGCGAUGCCGACGAGAUGGAGAACUGGAUCGCUGAGAAACUGCAGCUCGCCACCGAAGAGAGCUACAAGGACCCGGCCAACAUCCAGUCGAAGCAUCAGAAGCACCAGGCGUUCGAGGCGGAGCUGGCGGCCAACGCGGAGCGCAUCCAGUCCGUGCUCGCCAUGGGCGGCAACCUCGUGCAGCGCGGACAGUGCAGCGGCAGCGAGGACGCCGUGCAGGCUCGUCUCGCCUCCAUCGCGGACCAAUGGGAGUUCCUUACCCAGAAGACCACUGAGAAGUCCCUCAAACUGAAGGAGGCCAACAAGCAGCGUACCUACAUCGCGGCCGUCAAGGAUCUGGACUUCUGGCUCGGAGAGGUGGAGAGCUUGCUCACAUCGGAGGACUCCGGCAAGGACCUCGCCUCCGUGCAGAACCUGAUGAAGAAGCACCAGCUUGUAGAGGCUGAUAUACAGGCUCACGAGGAUAGGAUCAAGGACAUGAACGCGCAGGCGGACGCGCUGGUGUCGAGCGGACAGUUCGACAGCGCGGGUAUCGGCGCGCGGCGCUCCGCCAUCAACGAGCGGUUCGAGCGCGUGCGCAACCUGGCCGCGCACCGCCGCGCGCGCCUGCACGAGGCUAACACGCUGCACCAAUUCUUCAGGGACAUCGCCGACGAAGAGUCUUGGAUCAAGGAGAAGAAACUUCUCGUCGCCUCAGACGACUAUGGGCGUGAUUUGACCGGCGUCCAAAACCUUCUGAAAAAGCACAAGCGUCUUGAAGCCGAGCUGGCCAGCCACGAACCCGCCAUCCAGGCUGUGCAGGAGGCCGGCGAGAAGCUCAUGGACGUGUCUAACCUGGGCGUGCCCGAGAUCGAGCAGAGGCUGAAGGCUUUGGCCUUGGCCUGGGCUGAACUACAAGCGCUCGCGGCUGAGAGAGGCGCCAAACUGCAGCAGUCGCUUGCCUACCAGCAAUUCCUGGCUAAGGUUGACGAGGAGGAAGCAUGGAUCAGCGAGAAGCAGCAGCUGGUCGUGGUGGGCGAGUGUGGCGACAGCAUGGCGGCGGUGCAGGGGCUGCUGAAGAAGCACGAGGCGUUGGAGGCCGAGCUGGCCGCCCGCGCAGAGCGCGUGCGCGAGCUCGCCGCCGAGGGCGACGCACUGCUGCAGGCCGGCAACCUGCACUCCGACGCACUCGAUCACCGCAUCCGCGCGCUACAGGCCAAGCUGGAGAAACUGACUGGUUUGGCAGCGCGUCGCAAGGCCGCGCUGGUGGACAACUCGCUGUACCUGCAGCUGCUGUGGAAGGCGGACGUAGUGGAGUCGUGGAUCGCGGACAAGGAGACGCACGUGCGCUCCGAUGAGUUCGGACGAGAUCUUUCUACCGUGCAAACGCUGCUUACCAAGCAGGACACCUUCGAUGCAGGUCUAGCCGCAUUCGAGCAUGAGGGCAUCCAGAACAUCACCUCCCUCAAAGAGCAGCUGGUGGCCGCGAACCACGAGCAGACACCUGCUAUCGUGAAGCGGCACGCGGACGUGAUCUCGCGCUGGCAGCGACUGCUAGCUGACUCGGCAGCGCGCAAACAGCGUCUGCUGCAGCUGCAGGACCAGUUCCGCCAGAUCGAGGAAUUGUAUCUCACAUUCGCCAAGAAGGCAUCCGCUUUCAACUCGUGGUUUGAGAACGCCGAAGAAGACCUAACUGACCCCGUGCGCUGUAAUUCCAUCGAGGAGAUCAGAGCUCUCAAGGAUGCGCACGCGCAAUUCCAAGCGUCGCUGUCGUCGGCACAGAGCGACUUCGAGGCUCUGGCGGCGCUGGACGAGCAGAUCAAGUCGUUCAACGUGGGCGCUAACCCUUACACCUGGUUCACCAUGGAGGCGCUCGAGGAGACGUGGCGCAACUUGCGCAAGAUCAUUGCUGAGCGCGACAUCGAGCUGACGAAGGAGGCGCAGCGCCAGGAGGAGAACGACAAGCUGCGUAAGGAGUUCGCUAAACACGCCAACGCGUUCCACCAAUGGCUCACGGAGACACGGUACCGGCUGCUAGGCUGGGACGGCACGUCGAUGAUGGAGGGCACGGGCUCGCUGGAGCAGCAGCUCGCCACGCUGCGGCAGCGCGCCGGGGAGGUGCGCGCCAGACGCGCCGAUCUAAGACGCCUAGAAGAAUUGGGCGCCGCACUAGAAGAGCACCUGAUCCUGGACAACAGAUACACGGAGCACAGCACGGUGGGGCUGGCGCAGCAGUGGGACCAGCUCGACCAGCUCUCCAUGCGUAUGCAGCAUAACCUCGAGCAGCAGAUACAAGCCAGAAACCAUUCGGGUGUGAGCGAGGACGCUCUGAAGGAGUUCUCGAUGAUGUUCAAGCACUUCGACAAGGACCGCUCCGGUCGUCUCAACCACCACGAGUUCAAGUCGUGCCUGCGCGCGCUCGGCUACGACCUGCCCAUGGUCGAGGAGGGGCAGCCCGACCCCGAGUUCGAGGCUAUACUCAAUGUGGUGGAUCCGAAUCGCGACGGGCAAGUGUCGCUGCAGGAGUACAUGGCGUUCAUGAUCAGCAAGGAGACGGAGAACGUACAUUCAUCGGAGGAGAUCGAGAACGCGUUCCGCGCCAUCACCGCGCACCAGGACCGCGCCUACGUCACCAAGGAUGAGCUAUACGCUAACCUGACAAAGGAGAUGGCGGACUAUUGUGUAGCUCGCAUGAAACCUUACGUGGAACCGAAGACGGAACGACCCAUACCCAACGCUCUCGACUACAUAGACUUCACCCACACGCUGUUCCAGAACUAAGCACGCAGCACCGCCCGCGCAGUACCUUAUUUAACGCAUUAAAUAACAAAACAUACUUGGUUCUUUCAUUGCAACACCCACCUGCGUGCGUACUGCGCGGACGAUAGCGCACCCACGGGACGGGCACGGGCGAGUUUCAAGCGAUGUUAACGUACUACUGUGUAAUUUACGUCACAAUUCUCCCGUUGCGUUACGUUUAUAUACAUUUUAAUAUAAACUGCACCAUCUAACUAAAGAUCCGUGACUUAAUUUACGUAUAACUUGUACUUUUUGACAUUAGCAUUUGCUAUAGCAAACUGUAAAACAGUAUAGUCAGAGACUCGCUCGUGGUUCAGGCCCUCACGCUUGCCUUCAUAUCUUUCUCUAUUCCAAAUUAUAGACUGGUUGAUACACAUCUUAAAUGUUUGUAGUUUAGUCUAUUGUUGGGAGGUCGGCUGGAGUCGGUGCGUCUGCUCAGACCGCUAGUGGUUUCCAUGCGAAACGUGAGCGUCUGGGCGGCCCGGGACUACUUGGGUAGUCUCGUAUAGGAACCGGCACGUAACUUAUAGUUCGUCUAAAGAAAAUACAUCUACCUUUUAAAUAAUUAGUAUAUUAAUUUGCCACAUAAGACAAUUUAACUAGCAAGACUAAAUUACAUAAUCGUGAUAUGACACAAGACGUCGCAUCCAAAAUAUCAUAAAAUUAAAUCGUGCGCAUGCGACGGGGAGACGACGUCAAUGCCAGGAUACGUGCCGGUGCUAUAUCUUCGGGUACGGAAGUAAAGGUUAGAAUUCCUUUUCUCUGAGCGUAGCAGAGAAAUACGAAGCUGCCGUUUCAUUACGACACAGACUCAGCUUUCGUGUUAUGCAUUUCGAUUUUUGCUAGAAUUAAGCUAACGCGUGUAGCCUCAUUCUAUUUAUUUUUUGUACUCUUAUUAAUCUUUUCAAUAAAUAUUUAUUUCAA